AUGGUAAGAUAUAAAAUAAAAGAAUUUAAUUAUAUUUUAAAAAUAACUAACUUCGAAGGAUUUCGACAUAAUUAUUUACAUGAACAUAAGUUACCUACACUUAAUCAAUUUCGUAAUGAAGGUGUACAAGCAAAACAUGGCAUGCGACCUACAUUUCCUACAAUGACAUUUCCUAAUCAUAUUUCACUUGCUACAGGAAUGCAUCAAGAAGAACAUGGUAUUGUACAUAAUACAUUUUUUGAUCGAUUAUUAAAUAUAACUAUUGGAAUGAAUCAUCGUGAUAAUCGACAAUGGUCUGAUCCAAAAGUAGAACCCUUGUGGAUUACGGCAACUAAACAAAAUGUAAAAUGUGCUGUUCUGUUUUGGCCAGCAUGUCAUAAUGAAUUUUAUGGUAUACGUCCACUUAUCUAUAGUUGGUUAUACACUGAUGAUAUAUCUUUUCGUGAAAAAAUUGAUAAUGCUAUAAGUUAUUUUCGUGAGUUACCAAUUCAACUCGUUAUGUUAUAUCAUUUUGAGCCAGAUAAACAAGGACAUACAUAUGGUCCAGAUUCACUGAAAGUACGCAAUACAUUAAUUCGUCUUGAUGGUGAUAUUGGAUAUUUACUGGAUAAAGUAAAGCGUGAACUCAAUGAUAAUUUAAACAUUAUUAUACUUUCUGAUCAUGGUAUGACUAAAGUCAAAGGAGUCAUUCGACCAUUUGUCGACAAAUAUCUUAAUAAAAACUCAGUUGAAGCAUCUAUUCUUUCUGGUGCAUUAUUCAAUGUAAUGCCAAAAAGUGGACUAGAAGUAUACAAUAGUCUUAGAAAUAUUCCUAAUGUUACAGUAUAUAAACGUCAUGAAGUUCCUGGACGUUUUCAUUAUUCAAAACCAGAACAUCGACUUGGAAAAAUUACUGUAUUACCAAAUGUAGAAGGUCUAAUUCUAUCUCAAGCUACAAAAAAUACAUCUUAUGAAAAAAAAGGUAAUCAUGGAUGGGAUAACACAUUAGCAUCAAUGCAAGCUAUAUUUAUGGCUCGUGGUCCUUCUUUUAAUAUAAAUGUUUCAAUUCGUUCACUUCAUAGUGUUGAUAUUUAUCAUGUUGCAUGUCACAUUCUUAAACUUCAUCCAAAUCCUCAUGCUACUGCCGGUUCAAUUGUUCAUCUUAUUGAUAUUUUCCGCCCGACUGAAAAUGCAACGACACUAAGUACACUGACAUCCACUAGUGAGACAAUAGUAAGAUUAACAACAACGAUAAACAAUGGUUGUUACUUUUAUUCCAUACAAUUAUCUACUGUUCUAUUUGUUUUAGUAUUAUUUUCUUUCUCUUUUUAA